GGCGAAAGGAGAAGUGAAAUGAGCGCCAACUCGCGCAGGUCACUGGUCGGCCAGUGGCGAGAAAAUUUCCCGUCCAGCCUCGCGGCCAUGAGAGGGGCUCAUCUGCUCCCGUACGUCGAGUCGCUGGCACCGGGGGCGAUUUUUCACUCGCGCUUGCCUGCCUGCCUACCUCGCUUUUCGACCGAGACGCCCCUCCUCAGGAGCACACAGCUGGCCGAUCAUUUGUUCACCCGUACCAUCGACGAAGUAGCAACAAAAAGGAAAAACGACGUUUCAGCUGACGUCGUUUUUAUUAUUGUUUUGUUUUUCUGUGAUUCCCCGAGGUGGUGGUGGCGGUGGGACGGGCGCGGGAGCAGCAGGCGCGCCCCACUUUAAGAACGCGUUUGACCCGCAUCCGCCUGCCGGCACCGCCGAGUCGCGUACACUACGCGCUCGACGCCGCCGACUCGUUGCCGUUCCACCUCGGCGACUUCGCCGCGACACCCCGUCGCCGUCCAGUCGCUCCGAAGAGCGCCUCGACCGAAGCCGCCGGGGGGUCGAGCCUUCGUCCCUUCAGCGACCUUGGCGUCUGUCUUCGGGCAGACACUGAGCCCUCGGAUUAACCCCUAGUGGCCCGGAUUAACCCCUUCUGGGAUCGGGGACCGUGGAUAGACGGAGGCUGCAGAGGCGCCCCCGUCGGGGCAACGUGGACCAUGCCGGCUCCUCCGGGACCAUGUUGGCUGCUCGUGCUGCUGGUCGCUACCCUCGCCUUGGCCGGAACCAGCGCCACGGUGUUUGGCACCUCCGCGUCUGCGGCGGCGGCGGCGUCCGUGUCCCAGGUGGAGGUGCCGGCCGUCCCGCUGGCCCCGCCGCCCGGCGGGGUGAAGAAAGUGAUGUACUACGACGGCAAGACCCUGGCCAGAGUGGAGUACGGCCAGGACGGAGUGACGCUGCAGACCUGCCGCCUCUUCGAGCUCGAUGACGAGCGCGAGGCGGAGCCCAUCAUCAAGGCGCAGGGCCUGCCUGUGCAGCCCGUGGACCUGGCCACCAUGCUGCGCCUCAUCUCGCAGUGCCGGGAGCUGCGGGACUGGACGGCCAGCACCAACAGCACGCUCCAGUGGAGCGCCUCUUCGCUCUGGAGCGGCAUCAUACCCGGUGAGGACACUAUAGGGACCCCGUGGCGCAUUUGA